AUGGCCGGAUCAACAUCAUCAACAGGCACGCCCGCCAAGGCGUUUGGCUCGGGCCCCGCCUUCCUCCUCCUCAAGCUCCAGAGCUCAGAGUCUGUCAACCACAACACAAAGAGGCUGCGCUUCGAGCUGCCCUCCUCGGAGACCACCAGCGGCCUUCCCCUGACGUCUGCUCUCCUCACCUUUUCUUGGCCCCAGGGCAACAAGUUGCCAGUGCUAAGACCAUAUACCCCAAUCAGCUCUGCUGAUGAACCGGGCGUCCUUGAUUUCCUGGUCAAGAAGUAUCCCAAUGGCAAGCAGAGCACACACCUGCACAACCUGCAGCCCGGCGACAGCCUGCGCUUCGUCGUGCCCAUCAGGGGCUACAAGUGGGAGGCCAACAAGCACCCCGAAGUCACCAUGAUUGCCGGCGGCGCGGGCAUCACCCCGAUGUACCAGCUCGCGCGGGGCAUCCUCGACAACCCGGAGGACAAGACCAAGAUCCGCCUUCUGUUUGGCGUCAACUCGGACUCGGACGUGCUGCUCAAGGACGAGUUUGAUGCCUGGGAGAAGCGCUACCCUGGCCGGUUCAAGGCCGUGUACACCGUCAGCAACCCCGAGCUGGGCAGUUCUCUGCGCCAGGGCUACGUUGACAAGGCCCUGAUUGAGGAGGAGGGGGUCAAGCCUAGUGUCGAUGGCGCACAGGUCUUCGUCUGCGGGCCACCGCCAAUGGAGGCGGCGCUAUGCGGGCGGAAGGGGAUCCUUGAGCAGAUGGGCUACAAGAAGAGCCAGAUCUACAAGUUUUAA